GCGCCCCCCCCCCUCUCCGGUUCAUUCCAAGACGGGCCUUGGGAACCCCCAUUUUUCCCCAUGUCCUUUCACUUUCUCCUUUUCACAGCCCCCACUUUCCAACACGCCCCUCCUCCCGCACGCCCCUCUACCCUCCCCCUUGCAUGCACGAGCUUAAACAAGCCGACAUUCGCGGUUUCUCCUACACGUGCAUGCCCAAACAUUGACCCAACUCUCUUCCCCCUUCCUUGCAGAGAGUAAGGAAGUUUUUUUUGGGGGGGGGCAGUGGUCUGCAUUGCCCUCUCCGGAGAAAAGGGACACACACACACACACACACACACACACACACCCCUAAGGGGGGAAGCCCAGGCUCUCCUUCCCCUCUUGUACCCCAUAAAUGCAAUUAAAUCUGGAGGUGGGGAGCAUCUUACUAGGAUCCGCCUAAAAUCCUGCUGAGCCACUUGGCUAGAGAUGGUGUUUUCGGCGCAAGCAAGAGUCACAAGAAAAUAUUAUGGCUCAAGAAACUAAUCAUAGCCAAGUGCCUAUGCUAUGUUCUACUGGAUGUGGAUUUUAUGGAAACCCCCGUACAAAUGGCAUGUGUUCGGUAUGCUACAAAGAACACCUUCAACGGCAGAAUGGUAGUAAUGGUAGAAUUAGCCCAUCAGCAACUUCAGUUAACAGCCUAACUGAAUCUUUACCAGUUCAAUGCACUGACGGCAGCAUUCAGGACGUUCCUUCAACUCUAGAUUCUACACCUGUACCAGCUACACAGCUAAGCCCCGUAUCCAGCCCAUCGUCCCUUUUAGCAGAAUCUGUGGCAACAUGCGAAGUGGAAAGUUCAGACAUCAUGGAUAAACCUCAAGGAGAAGAUGUACAAGAACCAACAUCAGUGGAGCUUGCCGAGACAAUUUCAAUAGACAGUACCGGAGACGAAUUUUCGAUGGAUAACUCAGAUUUACCUGACCCUACCAGGGGCUCAGAAACAGAAUGCGAUUAUGACGUGAACCUAGACAAUAAUGUAGAUGGCCCCGAUUUCCUGAAGGAGAGCUCAAGAGCCAAAACGAAGAGCUGUGAUUCAGAUUUAACACUAACCACAGUAGCUUCAGCAUCAGAUAGUGCAGAACCUUCCUCGGAAGAACAAGGCAAAUCAUUUGACAAACCCAAACAGAAAAAAACUCGUUGUUUUAUGUGCAGAAAGAAGGUUGGUCUUACUGGGUUUGAAUGCCGGUGUGGAAACGUUUACUGCGCUGCUCACCGUUACUCAGAUGUCCAUAGUUGCUCUUACAAUUACAAAGCUGACGCAGCUGAGAAGAUCAGAAAAGAGAAUCCUGUAGUUGUUGGGGAAAAGAUUCAGAAGAUUUGAACUGCUCCUGUAGCUGGAAUAUUAAAAUGUUUGACCAUCUGCAGAUGAAAAUUGACUUGAGCUUUUUCCUCCCCCUUUCACAAGCCCCGACACACACAAGUCUUUCAUUUUUCUGGCCCAUCCCUGGUAGACCUCAAGAGGACAAGUGUCUCAAAUCAUGCAUGUCAUGCAGAAUCAUAGAAUCCCCCCCCCCGCCCCCCACACACACGCUUCUUUUAGCACACAACAAACCUUUCUUUUAUGGUCCUUUGUUUUUAGUUCCUACAGAUGAAGGCAUAAACUCUACACAACUGAUCCACUAGGAAGGUGGGCCUUUGGAAACUGAUGGAUACCAUGGCUAUAAAAGUAUUAUCAUCUUUUUUUU